GGGAGGAGCUGGUGCUGGGCUGCGCAGGAUAGGAAGCGAGGGCGGGAGGACGAGCGGAGGGUAGAAGUGGCCCGCUUCGGAUCGGCGCUGUGCGGCGGUGGGUGGGUGACAAGGGCUUUUGCUGUGAAACCAGUGCCCGCACGUCGAAGCCGGCAUGGCCACGGAGCCCCUGGGGCUUGUGACGUAUUGAUUGCGUAUACAGAUGAUGCCGCUGAAUGGUGUCAGUAUCUUCAGAAUCUCUUCAUCUCUUCUCGGCAAGUUCGAAAGCAGCGGAUUCUGAGCUACAAGGUGGAGAGCGGGACUGCUAUUCCCCAUGAGGAGCUGGACCUAUUCCGUAGUAGCCGAUGCAUCCUUGUGUUGCUCUCUGGUGAGCUAGUGCAGAACUUUUACAUCCCUGCUGCCCUUCAGAGCCUUCAAGAAGCUUUGCAUCCCCCACACAAAGUGGUCAAACUGUUUUGCGGUGUCACGGAUUGUGACGACUAUCUGACAUUUUUCAAGGAAUGGUAUCAGUGGAAAGAGCUCACCUAUGAUGAUGACCCUGAAGCUUACCUUGAAGCUAUCAAGAAAGCUAUUUCAGAAGAUUCUGGCUGUGAUUCUGUGACUGAUACAGAGGCAGAAGACGAGAGAGAACCAGUUUACUCCAGGAAAAUUGCAAUGAGUGAACAGCAUGGAACAUCUGAGGGCACCACAGAAAACCUGGUGGUGCUGCCUGAUCACAUACGUUGUGGGGUGCAGAUGACUGUUUAUAUAAUCAUGAAGUGCAAGAUGGAUGGUAAAGUGAAAACAGAAGCUGAAUUCACUCCAGGGAAUGCCCCAUCUGUGCGUGUGCCAGCCAGGAUGGAAAAUGAGUACACAGUUUCUGUGCAGGCACCAGAGUUAACAUCUGGGCCAGUGUCUCUACGGAUAUAUUCAGGUGACUUGUUGGUAGGGGAAGCAAACAUCAAGUAUUACACCGACAUGGAAGAGAUCGGCAACCUAUUGGCUAAUGCAGCUAAUCCAGUGGAGUUCAUGUGUCAGGCCUUUAAAAUAGUACCAUACGACAUAGAAACUCUGGACAAACUGUUGACAGAAUCACUAAAGCAAAACAUUCCUGCAAGUGGCUUGCACCUGUUUGGAAUCAACCAGCUGGAGGAAGAAGAUAUGACAACAAACCAGAGAGAUGAAGAGCUGCCAACACUGCUUCACUUCGCUGCAAAAUAUGGGCUGAAGAACCUCACGGCUCUGUUGCUCACAUGCCCAGGAGCCCUGCAGGCCUACAGUGUAGCCAACAAAUAUGGGUACUAUCCAAAUAAUAUCGCAGAAAAACAUGGCUUUAAGGACCUCCGACAGUUCAUCGAUGAAUAUGUGGAAACAGCAGAUAUGCUGAAGAGUCACAUUAAGGAGGAACUGAUGCAAGUUGAAGCAGAUGAGUCUGUUUAUGAGUCCAUGGCCCAUCUCUCCACUGACCUGUUGAUGAAAUGUUCCCUAAAUCCUGGCUGUGAUGAUGAGCUGUAUGAAUCCAUGGCUAACUUAGUGUCUGGUGCCACAGAAGAUCUUUAUGUUGAGAUGCUCCAAUCAAAAUCAGACACCCCGAUCACUAGAGAUGAGAUUUCUAUGAGAACCAAAGACUCUAUGCUGCGCAAAUUUUUAGAAGGCAGUAGCGUAGAUAUGCCAGAUUCAGAAGAAAAUUCUUACCUGCAGUGCAGUGGGGAAGAUCUUUACUACACUAUAGCACAGGAUGACUUUCCUUCAGAGGUGGCUAACAGGCCUCCAGUUCCUGUUCCAAGGCCGGAUGCCAGCUCCCCACCACCAGACAAAGAGCUGUACAUUUCCAAAGUUUUUGCACAAAAAGCCCGAAGACCUGAGAAUCUUUAUAUCUCUUCAGAGAGGGUUAAGAAAGAACCAGCCGUCAGGCCAGUCAGGGACGCAUCUCAGUCAAGCAUAUAUGAUCCAUUUGCUGGGAUGAAAACCCCGGGUCAGCGGCAGUUAAUUACUUUACAGGAACAAGUCAAGACGGGAAUACUCAACGUGGAUGAAGCUGUGCUCCAUUUUAAGGAGUGGCAACUGAACCAGAAAAAGAGAUCAGAAUCAUUCCGGUUCCAGCAGGAAAACCUGAAACGGCUACGAGACAGCAUCACCCGGAGGCAAAUGGAGAGGCAGAAAGCAGGAAGAAAUUCUGACUUGGAAAUCACUGAGCCUAUUCGCCAUUUGUAUAAUUCUCCUGGGAAAGUAGAAUGCGGCAUUUAUGAAUAUACCCCCAGGAAAAGUGCUUUCCCACCAAAAAAGGAGCUAAAGCGAGGGGACUGGAAAACAGAGAGCACCUCAAGCACGACAAGCAGUGCAAGUAACCGAUCCAGUACUCGAAGCGUCAUGAGUGGCAGUAGUGGAAUGGAAGGGGACAGCGAGGACAAUGAAAUCCCAGAAUCCAAGAGAAGCCACAGUCCAGGAGCCCCACAGGUGGAGAGGUUACCUCUCACUCUGCCCGAAAGGCCUCCAAGAGUGCCUCCCCGAGGUGCAAGCAGGCCUGUUAGCAGUGAAAGCCUUCUUCCUCCACCUGUACCCCCAAGAGGUCGCUGAAUCUCAAUGUAUUUUGGAAUCUGGGAUUUUCUAGAGCAUGUGUGGGGAGGGAGGGGGUGAUAUUUUUGGGUCUUUUACAAUUAUUUAUAGGUGGAAGUAAGGUUAUUUUCCUCCCUCGUGUAUCUUUUUUUUACUGAGAUAUCUCUCAGCUUCUGGUGCCUUUUUUCUUGAAGGCUGUUUGUACUUCUGAAUUUUAAGGAAAAACCAUCUGAAUUGACAAGGAGAAUUCUGAUGAGCUCUCUGACAGCUCUGAAUCAAGAUAAGGAGCUAAUCCUCCCCAGUGAAGAGCAUCCCAGCCACCAUCCCUUUGGUCAUUUUAAUAAUUAUUUUUUAAAAAAGGAUUUAAUGGAAAAUGUUCUUUUGCAAAAAGUUCUUUGAGACUUUAUUUGAGGACUGCUCAUUACAGGCUUCACAAAAGGAGUAUACCAAUUAAUAUGCUAUAACUUGGACACUGGGUUCAUUUGUAUCAAAUCCCAGGUAGUUUAGGAUUUCUCUUCAAGAAGGAAUCGCUAGACAAUGGUUUUUGCAGAAGGACUCUCUGAAGACUAUUUUAUGCAAGCAAAUGUUCUUGUAUACAUUAUUUUAAUCUAAUUGUUUUCUUCUUCCCCUUUGUCCCUGGAUGGGAUUUUUGUUUGCAAGGUUCCAUGUAUGCUGCUUUUGGGAAUGUGAGACCCCCUGACAGUGACAGAUGGAUUUGCUCUUGGGCACAAAGCAGCAGUUUAGGAGUCUUCUGGGGAUUUUGUUACUUUAAACAAGUAGUUCUCAACCUUUUUAAGACUCAAGACACCCUUUGUUAGAUUCAAGGUACCCCUUUGAAAUUGCAAGCUCGUAGUUUUGACUUGUUUUUUGAUUACAGAAAAAUAAUAGAGAAAUUCUUCUGUAGCAAAGAUCUCAGAAAGACCACAAAUUGGAAUGCUUUUAAAACUAUGGAUUCCUAUAUGAAAUAUGUGGGCUUAUUUUAUGAACCAUAUUUGCAUGCCUAACAGUGCUGAUGUUACAUGACAUCUUACAGCACCCUUGAAAAGAUCUCAAGGCACAACAGCACACAGGUUGGGAAUCACUGUUUUACAUCCAAGAAGCUGACUUCUUGCAUGAGGGGAAAGAAUAUACAAUGCUCCUCUACCUUUCUUUCUCCCCUGUGCACUUUGGAUUAUCCUCACCAGACAUCCUGAGGCUCUUUGGUUAGGCUUUAUCACAGCUGAUCUCCUCCUAAAUGCAUCCCCCUUACCAGUAUUAGCUGUGUGUUUAAUCCUUGCUCUUUGUCUGGGGUAUGCCUUCCCUAAGCAUCCUUUCUGGCAAGGUUAAUCUGCAGUAGAAGCAUCUCACCUGUUCAGCUUGAGAGUGUAAAACUUCCACAAAGGGCUUCUCUGUUCUGUACCCCUCCUACCAUGCCAAUGGCACACAGAGCAGAAACCACAUGAGCCCUUAUUGCAGGGGAUGGAGCAGUUGUCUUUGAGACCUUCCUUAAUUCUGCCCUGGCUCACAGCUGAGGAAAGAAUAAUGGGCUCCAGCUGUCCCUGGAUGAUGUGGCCCAUUGGGUGUGAUCCACAGCCGGCACAGGUUAGAGCUGCCUGUGGCUGUUUAGCCCAGGGUUAGAGAAUUUUUUAAUUUUCAGCUUAUGCCCCCUCUCCCUCUCCCUUGAGUCUUUGUGGAGGAGAGAAGCCAUCCCUUACCCUGGGCUCAGGAGAAGCUGAUCGAAUGCCUGUGCUGUUCUCUUGGGUUCCCACAACCCAACAGAUAGGCAAAUGGGAUAAGAGUUGCAGUUCUGCCUCUCAUGCAGUGCAGUAUGUGGCCACUUGAGGGACCUGCUGAAGAGCUGCAGCAAAGAAGGAGCAAUAGCUGUGCUCUAUUUCUAGCUCACCUCUGGGCUGCUGUGGGGGGUAGCAUUAAAGGUACUUCACUGCUUACCUCACUGUUCUUCAGGGCAUGGGUGGGGGUGGUGAUCAGGAAAUGCAGCUAAGUUCACAAUCAGAUACAGACUCCCUUCUCAAUGCAGGAUUUUCCUUAUAAGCCACAGGCUGCACAAUCCUUUACAUGUAUGUAGUGUCCCGUCCAGUGACCAGGUGCGACUCUAAACACUACACACUCUGAAUAGCAGUUUGCAGCAUCUUGCUCUCUGGUCCUUUGAAUGGGAGUGGAGGGGCAGUGACUACAGACAGCUACAGUGGUCAAGUCCCUGCCACUGUUCUAGUGAACAGAAAAAGGUCUUUUUGCUUAUUGAAGAGGAAAUUGAUACCAUGGGUGAAUGAAGGAGAAUGGAUUAAGAAAAUAAAACUGAAGAUGUUAAUCCAAGAGCCUGAUGGUCCCUAUUCAGCCCUUGCUACUGCUGUUCUUUGUAUAUAGCUCCUUGACAUUGUGCUCUGAUGUUGUCCUAACCUGCAAGCUGUCCAGUGACACCCUGGCUUCACUGGUUCUCCCUGUGUGCUGCUCUUAAACUCUGAGAUCAGUGAUGCAGCAUUACGGGAAUUAAACUGCUUUUGCAUCUUUUCCAGGCACCAAGGAGGGUAGGGAGGGAACUAAAGGGUGUGGGGGAGAUUACAAAGAAGGCAGAAAAUAAAAAGCAAAAUGUGAAAAGUGCCAUGAAAUUGCCAGCUCUGAGGAAAGCUUAUGGCAAGGCAGUGAGGCAAUGGGACUUUGAGUUUAGGCACUGCCUCAACUCAAAGUCAUGAGGGAUCUCACUGUGGGCAACCCUCAUGAGACUGUCAAAUAUGCUUUCUUUAACAUGAGUUCAUCUGAACUCAACUAGAGAAUGCAUUUCCAAGCAAUCUUAGCAUUGCCACCUGUUGGACUGUCAUUGCAACAACUGAAUUGCAAAUGCUGAGUUUAGGAGUGAGAUGAACUAUGCUUGUUCAAGCUGCUUAAGAAUGAGUUAAUAAUAGCCCUUAAAUCUCUGCUUAGUGUCUCCUUCUCUUUGAAGCUCAGAACUUCCCUAUGUUGAACAGUCUCAUAAAUGCAAACACCAGUGGGACUCUACUAGUUUCAGGAGCCUGUUGUUGCUUUAGGAGAGACCCGAGCUGCAGCAGUGGGUUCCAAGUGCAUUACAAACCUGACCUGUUCAGAGCCUAUAAGCGCUGUGAGGAGAUGCCUGUCUCCAGGUUGUGUUUGGGCAGGUAUUCCCAAAAUGAAGUUUGUUUCCCAUGGCCAUAUUUUCCUUGUGACGUAAACUCAGUUUUAAAUAGGUUCCUUUUAUCUGUAGGCUAUAGAUGUGUUGCAUAUACAUGCAAUGCACAUGGUCCCUGCCUAAGCUGCAAACUGCACCAAAAUCACCAAACUGCAUCCCCGCAGUCUCCAGUAUUUCUGCCUCUGCUCAGAAUGCAAAAAUUCCUAGUUACACUUCUGAUCUUUCACUUGUAAUUCACUGAUUCAAAUGGAGUCUGGUCUGCAGUGACAGUCCGGCUGGUCAGUGAAAAGGGUUUGCUCUUAGAGAAGUGUGAAUCAUAAAUCCCACCCACCACAGCAGAUGGGUUUGCAGACAGACGUAAGGACUGAGUGAGGCCAAAUUUUCCUUCCCGUCACAGGUGGUGGGCCAUCCAGUUUAGAACUGACAUAUGCUAGCUGGCCAGUGUGAGAAAGCAUGUGUCACUUCUCCCUCAGCUGUAUCUUUCUCCGGCACUCUACUUAUUUUUAAGUAUGAGACAGUUGGAGCAAUUUUUGACCAACAUUUUCCCUUGUGGGACCAGUCCUGCCUCCACUAAAAUCAGUGGAUGAUUUUGCCAUGGACUCAAUGAAAGUAGAGUCAUUCCCUAUGGAAAAUGCCCAUUCAUGAAACAGUUUGAAUUAAAGCUUAGUUUGUUACAACAAUGAAGAAAGUAAAUUUGACAUGUGAGGCUGAGGAGAAAACAUUUUAUGGAUUCUGCAGGCUGUGCCUAAUGGAGAAAGUAAAUCUAUGUUAAAGUCCAUCAAUCCAUAUGAGAAAAGACAUGAAGGAAUACUUGUGUUCCUCUGACUUCUUAUGAUAGCUCUGUGUGAAUUUAUUUAUUUUUGGCAUUGUGCAAUAUUUGAUAUGAGAAGAAUGCAAUGUUUGCUGUUGGUCUUUUGGGAAAUGUAAAUGUCUUAUUAAAAUUGCUUUUGUAUUCCUUUCAUUUAAA